AUGACCUCAGAAGAAAUACCCAAGAACAAACCGUCUGCAGAAGAACUCCAGAACGUACCGUUAGAAUGGAGCAAAAGGGCCGUGGCCCGCUACAAAGUGGCUCCUUUACACAUGUCGGCCGACGACGACCGCAAAUCAGGCAACAAAAGACACAUAGUUGCCAUUGAUGACUCCCUCAAAAUCAACUACGAGGUCAUUCGCCAUAUCCCGGGCCAGCUAGCCCAGGGAGAAGAGAUCGAAGAUAUAAACAGGCUCAAACUGGUUCACUACAAAGACUCCCUCAACAAAAUGCACGAAGAGUUUAUAAGCAUAUGGCAAAAGGCAGACGACGAUAUAGAGGAAUCAGACUACACAAAUCUGGACGAACCAACGCUUCUCGAGCACAAGAAAUGGCUAACAGAGCUGAACGAAAAGCUCAAAUCGGACUAUUCAGAAGCCAUCCAGCUGGAGAAAAAGUGGUUCUUGCUCAAGGAAAUACUGCUAGAAGCAUGUACGAGGCUAGACCUUUGCUCGGACUCAAACCCACUCCUAAAUAAAAACCAGAUAACCCUAGAUGAAUCAAAGGGAACGCUGCUAUAG